AUGGUUUCUAAGGUCGUGAUUUUGGCUUCAGCCAUGUUGGCCGCCGUCGCCGGAUCCCCAGUGUACCCGUCACCCGCUUACUCUGCGGCACCCGCUUACCACGCACCAGCGGACUACUCGGCACCCGCCCCGUACAGCUUCGAGUACAGCGUAAACGACCCACACACCUACGACGUCAAGAGCCAACACGAGUACAGCGACGGAAACGGUUACGUCAAGGGAUCUUACAGCCUUUUGGAAGCCGACGGUUCCACCCGCACCGUGGAAUACACCGCCGACGACUACAACGGUUUCAACGCCGUCGUCAAGAACGAAGGUGGAUACAAGGCCCCGUCGUACUCGGCACCGGCUUACUCCGCACCGGCGUACUCGGCACCAGCGUACUCUGCACCGGCCUACAAAGCUCCGUACAGCGCCCAUGCUUACAAACCAGCGUACAAACCAGCUUACUAA